AAGUAAUUAGGCUUUUCUUUUCUAUGUCAUAAGGCCCAAUUUCCCAAAACAAAAACACAGAUCAAUUCUGAGAAUAAAUACGGAAAAAACUUUGAACUGCUCGAAGCUCAACAAAAGGCAAAGACAAGAUAGAAGAAGACGAAAAACAGAACCUUCUCCCUUUCUUUUUUGAACCGGCAAUCGAACCUUCUCCAAAACAGCUAAAAGAAGAAGAAGAAGACGACGCCAAGUUUCUUUGAAUGGAGCCUCCUCCAGAAAGAUCGAAGCGCCUCCACAACUUCACCUUACCUUAUCUUCGUUGGGGCCAGCAGAGGUUCCUCAGAUGCGUCAAUCUACCUUCACAUUCCCAUCACCCUUCUUCUCCAUCUCCAGAUCACGCAACCAUCAGAUCCGUCUCCACCGCUGGAGCUGUGGCGACGGCUCGGCCGUGGAAUCUGAGGACGAGAGGAGCUGCGUGUAUUGAACCCGGUGAGGAAUCGCCGGCUAUGAAGAGAGGUAUCGAUGAAGAAGAAAGGGACAAGGAUGAGAAACUGAAAUUCUCCGUUUCUUUAUUGAAAACAGAGAUUGAAGAGGAUUUCUCAAUUAUAAUUGGGAAAAGACCUCCGAGGAGACCUAAGAAGAGACCAAGGAUUGUUCAGAAGAAACUCAAUACGAUUUUUCCAGGAUUGUGGUUAUCAGAAGAAGUAACAAUAGAUUCAUAUAAUGUCCCUGAAGCUGUGGAAACGUGACAAAGGUCUUUAACGUCUUUGGUUCUUUGACACAUUCUCAAUCUCAAGUUUAUAUUCAUAAUUUUACGUUUGUUUAGACGACUGUAUGUAUCAUCACCACACUAAUUGUAACCUCCAGCUGUGUUUAUUUUAUGCAAAGAUCAUUUUAUAACAUAGAGA